AUGCGACGACUGCAGGGCGUGUACUUCCCAAUCCUACUCGCAUGCGUUACUCUCAGCAUGACCGCCAUGACCGUGCUAUCAAAAGCCCCUCCGACGAACACGUCAAUGACGGCUGCAUUUGCAGGCUUCUUUCUCUCUGCAUCUGCGAUCACAACACCCUUCAUCGCAAUCAUCACAGUCAUGCUCUCGUUCGCAUCUGGUGGCACUGGCGAUUCCCCUAGCUCUGGUCGAGUCA